AUUUGCAAUUAACCCAAAAAUUAAUGAUUUAUGCUUCUGUCAUAGUCCAACCAUACCUUUAAAGACACUCGCCUAUUUGGAAAUCUUUAAAUAUUUUUAAUAUAUAUAACCCAUUAAAUCCCUACACAUUUAUCAAAGCAUCCAUGCAAGUAAUUUGAAUCGCGAUAUCACCAGCGCACAUGCCUUCCACCAAUAAUAGAUGGAAACUGAAGAAUCUGUUGAUAUCUAGCUGUGCAUCUCGGCAACCGAGAAGCGCCACCACUCCGCAGAUGAUCAACGACAGUUUCGCCGUCGCCGUGGUCAAGGAAUCCGACGAUCCGUAUCGCGAUUUCCGGCAAUCGAUGCUUGAAAUGAUCUCCGAGAAAGAGAUAUAUUCGAGGAGCGAUCUUCAGCAGCUCCUCCGCUGCUUUCUCGACCUAAAUCCGCCCCGCCACCAUGAGAUCAUAGUUCGCGCCUUCAUCGAUAUAUGGAACGCCGCCGAGGACAGAACACCGCCGCCGUCGUUUAAAUAAAAAGUUAUAUAUGUAAAUAUGCGUGGAAUGAAAUAAUAAUGGUAAGUAGCUCUCUUUUAGAUGUUGUGCUUUGUUUUGUGCAAGUGUAUUUUGGAUGUUACUAUAAUGUUACCCAAAAAAUCUAAUGACUAUAAA